GGAAGAAAGAAAAAUGGCCUCGAUUGUUAAAGCUUUAGCACCGGUGGUGAGAAGAGCUGGUACAUCUGCAUCUGCUGCAAGACCUGCAAUGAGACUUACUAGACAAAGUAGAAUAUACCAACAUGCCCGUCCUCUUUCCGCCACCUCUCGCCUUCGUUCAGAUCCCGUCGACAUAACCGAGAUUCCUCCAACUCCUAUAACACAUCUUUCUGAAAUUGAACUGGCUAUGUCGGAAUCUGUUUCUAAAUUUGCGAACGAUAUCAUCGCGCCAAAAGUACGAGACAUGGAUGAGGCUGAGAGUAUGGACCCCGCGGUUGUGGAACAGACUUAUGGGCGUCGAAAUCCCGAAGAGUAUGGCGGUGCCGGAAUGAACUUUACAGCAGCGAUCGUGGGAAUUGAGGAGUUGGCAAGAGUCGAUCCAAGUGUGAGUGUGUUGGUGGAUGUGCAUAAUACUCUGGUCAAUACUGCGGUCAUCAAAUAUGCAAGUAAGGAGUUGAAGAACAAGUGGUUGCCAAAAUUGGCUACGAAUACUGUUGGAUCAUUCUGUUUGUCCGAACCAGUAUCUGGAUCCGAUGCUUUCGCGCUUGCCACAAAAGCUACCAAGACAGAUUCAGGAUACACAAUUUCUGGAAGCAAGAUGUGGAUCACCAAUUCUAUGGAAGCAGAAUUCUUCAUUGUUUUUGCAAACCUUGAUCAUAGUAAAGGCUACAAGGGAAUCUCCGCUUUCGUUGUCGAGAAGGGAAUGAAGGGGUUCUCCAUUGCGAAAAAGGAGAAGAAGCUUGGAAUCAAGGCUAGCAGCACUUGUGUUCUCAACUUUGAUGAUGUGGAAAUACCCAGAGAAAAUCUCUUGGGAGAAGAGGGACAAGGAUACAAAUAUGCCAUUGCCCUUCUGAACGAAGGUCGUAUUGGAAUCGCCGCACAAAUGACCGGACUCGCUUUGGGAGCAUUCGAAAACGCUACUAAAUACGUAUGGAAUGACCGAAAGCAAUUUGGACAAUUAGUUGGAGAUUUCCAGGGUAUGCAACACCAAAUCGCACAAUCUUAUACAGAAAUUGCCGCCGCUCGCGCUCUAGUCUACAACGCUGCACGCAAGAAGGAAGCGGGUGAGAACUUUGUUCAGGAUGCAGCUAUGGCUAAGCUUUUUGCUUCGCAAGUCGCUCAACGUGUGAGUGGCCUGGCGGUUCAGUGGAUGGGUGGAAUGGGAUUUGUUCGUGAAGGAAUUGCGGAGAAGAUGUGGAGAGAUUCGAUGAUUGGUUCUAUUUACGAGGGAACGAGCAAUAUCCAAUUGACAACGAUAGCAAAGUUAUUGAAGCAACAAUAUAAGUCGUAAGAGAUAGAUAGAAGAUAGAGAGAUAAUUGAUACCAAUCUAGAAGUAUGGAGCGAAAGCUCGCUCUUGUUAAUCGCCUCGUCUUGAUCCGAG